AUGAACCCUGAAAUAUAUGCUACAAAUACAUCUGGUCUCGUCCACUCUAUGACCCAAGCUGCUACGACGGGCGUGCCCUCGACGAGUUCUCCUCCGUCGUCUCCCAGCUCUGGCACAGGAUGUCCGAUGCCUGCAGUCACACCAGCAGCACUAGCGGCUCUGAGUGCGUGGAUUCAAAAAUCAUCGCGGAAUAACGCUGCGUCUGCUGCUGCUGCUGCUGUGAAACCACCACCAACAACGCCCGCUCAACCUCCGGCCCAUCUCUCAGCGAAGCAGACAGUCAAUGCAGCAUUGAUAGAUCGGCUGCGCGCGGAGAUGCGAGUCAAGGCAGCAUUCACACCGGCCGCGUCGCAGCCCAGUCGGUCAACACCGGUACAGCCCCCUCCUCCACCUGAACGCCAAGAGUCCUCGACGUCGUCGGGAUGGCUUCCAACGGUUCGAAUUGCUGGUGCUCUCUGUGCUCACCAAGGUUGCUUCAAUAACGAUUUAGCAUGGAACGACACCGUGCCUGAGGCUGUCUUCCAUGCAGGCAACACACAACCGAUGUAUGCUGCUCGAUCUCGGCGAGGUAACUCUAGUAUGGCCACUUUCGGCCUAUGUGCGACUCACUAUAGGGAGAUCAAGCUCGCCCUCUCAAUGUUCCAGCGUUCCAAUUUGCCUACAGAGUACUUGGUGAGCACGUUGCGAGCACUUGAUCAAGCGCGUGGCGUGCGAGAGACGGCACGAAGGGAAGCAUUUCCGACGCCUCCGCCUGAGCGAGUACCAUCGAAUUCCUCAGACGUCAUGCGGAAUAGCUCAGUUGAGGCGGCCGAAGUCGUGCCGAAAAUCGAUGUCGAGGUCGUUGGCUCUGAUGACGAGGAUGAUGGAAGUGACGUGUUCGAGGCCAUAGUUGUGACUGAUGCACCUACGAAUGACCCUACCGUAGCCUCGAUCCGGGCUGAAGCUCCUCAAGACCAGCGUGCGGAUGUUCCAGUCGCGGCUGAUACUGUUCGAGACGACCCUGCGAGAGUUCCAGUCGCGGCUGAUACUGUUCGAGACGACCAUGCGGGAGUUCCAGUCGUAGCUGAUACUGUUCGAGACGACCCUGCGAGAGUUCCAGUCGUAGCUGAAGCUGCUCAAGGCGAGCAUGCUGAAGCCCCAGAGGUGACUGAUACUACUCCGAACGAGCGUGCGAGAGGUCUAGUCGUUGCUGAUACUACGCAAGAUGAACAUGCGAGAGUCCCAGGCGUGGCUGAGGCUUCUCAAGAUGAGCGUGCGACACUUCCUGUCGGAGCUACGGCUUUUCCCGGCGAAUCUUCGAUAACCCCGGUCACACCGGAUGAUCAUCCGAAGGAACCUGUUAUAGAGCGAGUCGAAGCUGAUGAUUACCAGGUCGGGGGUUUCUCCAUUGGUGUGCAUGCAGCUGAUGGGACGAAGGACGGCCGAGACGAGGCGUCUGUAUCCACAACAGCGGGCCCUUCGAGUGGUCGUGCUGUUGAGGAAGCGACAGUAGGGAACACAUUGUGUGGCCAUGAACAAUUAGUACAAGCAGCGGCUGUAUCCAGCACUGUGGUUGAGAAGCCGAGAGACACGACGUCUGGCGAGGCUUCCAAGCUGGUCAUCCCGGAAGAUGGUGAAAAACUCGAGGACAGUAUUCUCGAGGAGCUGCAUGGGAAACGGAGACUCUCCAGCACAAGCGUACUUGAGUGCACUCCAGCUGUGAAGAGGAAACGAAAAGAGCGACGACGACCGGCAACGAAGAGGAAAGCAACAGAUGAAGUGAAGAUAUCAGUGGCUGAGGAAGGGACAGGAGACAAGUCAGGAACGAAGGAACCAUCGAUCACGACUGGUCGUGGGAAGGAAAAUAAGGCGAAUGAUGAAGCUAGAUCCGUGAGGGAUAGAAAUAUGAUACAGAAUUCAAAUGCAUCUUGUUCCAUUGCUGAGGAUGCUGCGAAAGAAAUAGCGUCAGAAGCGGAUGAGGAAGAAGAGGAAGUGUUUGCUGUGGAGAAGUUGCUGAAGUGGAAGCUGGAUAACCGUGGACGUAGGAAAUUCCUAGUCAAAUGGGAGGGAUACCCUCUUUCUGAGGCCUCGUGGGAGCCCGAAACAAAUUUAAAUAGUUCCAUUGAAAUUGAUGAGCUGAAGGCAGCAGUGCUAACGAAGCCUCCGUCCAUCGGUCGACGGAGUCACGCCAAGAAGAUAUCACGUCGAUUUUGAUUGUUGUUAUAUAUUCUUUGUUCUCGUACACGUACUGAAUUUCAAAAACUGGACGCCUUCUACUGUGCGAGUUAUCACACUAUAUUAUUUUACCUUUCCUUUGGGCUAUACUAUUGAAAUGGCAAGCUGUCUGUAAGUA